AUGGAGGGCCUCAACAAUGGCGACACCGCAUGGAUGGCAAUGUCCUGCGCGCUGGUGCUCUUCAUGACGCCGGGGCUCGCCUUCUUCUACGGAGGUUUAGUGCGUGACAGCAACAUCGUCAACACCAUGAUGAUGUCUAUCAUCUCGAUGGGACUCACGACCAUCACUUGGCUGAUCUUCGGCUUCAGCUGGUCCUUCGACGAGUGGGGCGCAGGUAAGGGCUUCACGUACGUGGGCUUCCGUCAUCUCCAAGACAAGGUCUGGCCCGACACCACCAUGCCAGGCCUGACCUUCGCAAUCUUUCAGAUGACCUUCGCCAUCAUUGCAGCAGCGAUCAUCUCGGGCGCGGUGGUGGAGCGCAUUCGGUUCUCGGCCUAUGCCAUGUUCAUCGUCGUCUGGGUCCUUGCGGUGUACGUGCCACUGUGCCACUGGAUCUGGGGCGGCGGCUGGAUCGCAGAGAUGGGCGCCAAGGACUUUGCUGGUGGGACGGUGGUCCACAUCAGCUCCGGCACUUCCGCCUUUGCACUUGCAUCGCUGCUGGGCGAGCGCAAGCACCGAGCAGAGUCCUUCCCCAGCAACCUGCCGUUCGUCAUCUUGGGCGGUGGCAUCCUGUGGCUUGGAUGGACCGGCUUCAACGGCGGAUCUGCCUUCGCCGCCAACGGAGACUGCGCCUUGGCCGUGGCAACGACGUACAUCGCGGCGGCUGCGGCAAUGAUCAUGUGGGUCACGGUGGAGCGAAUCCUGGACGGGGCCCCCACGUCCAUCGGUGCCAUGUCCGGCGCGGUGGCUGGACUUGUGAACAUCACUCCCUGUGCCGGCUUCGUGGAGCCCUUGGGUGCUCUGGGAGUUGGUGCAAUUGGCGCGCUCUGCUGCAUCUUCGCAGCUCGUGGCCUGAAGAAGCUGAACCUUGUGGAUGACUCGCUGGACUGCUUCAGCCUCCACGGCGUCGGAGGCUUCGCCGGCGCCAUCCUUGGCGGCUUCUUCGACACCGGGGAUGGCUUGAUCUACGGCAACGAUGGAAUGCUGCUGGUCAAGAACCUCGCCGGCGCCGCUUUUGGCGUGGUCUACUCCGCAGCGGUCACGGCGGUGAUCUUCUUCCUCAUGCGCCUCGUGAUGCGCAUGAGGGUCAGCGAGGAGCAGGAGCUGGAAGGUGUGGAUCUUCACUGCCACUCCGAGGUUGCCUACGGCAAGAACGAGAACUCGGGCAAGCCCAACGCCUUUGGCGAGCACUCCCAGCGUUUCAAGCCCGAGGAGGCACCGACGCUCCUGACAAGCUGUGAGAGCAUCCUGUCCUCGAGGCCCAAGUUUCUAGAUGCUGCACAGGACAGCAUCUUAGCCUGCUUCAUUGCAGUGCAUUGCAGUGCAGCGAAGACUGCAGCCACUUGGCCUCGAAGUAGCAUCGGCUUUUUCGAAGGGAUGGAGGGCCUCAACAAUGGCGACACCGCAUGGAUGGCAAUGUCCUGCGCGCUGGUGCUCUUCAUGACGCCGGGGCUCGCCUUCUUCUACGGAGGUUUAGUGCGUGACAGCAACAUCGUCAACACCAUGAUGAUGUCUAUCAUCUCGAUGGGACUCACGACCAUCACUUGGCUGAUCUUCGGCUUCAGCUGGUCCUUCGACGAGUGGGGCGCAGGUAAGGGCUUCACGUACGUGGGCUUCCGUCAUCUCCAAGACAAGGUCUGGCCCGACACCACCAUGCCAGGCCUGACCUUCGCAAUCUUUCAGAUGACCUUCGCUGCUUGGUGCGAUGUCGGGUGCACCGCAGCCAUCAUUGCAGCAGCGAUCAUCUCGGGCGCGGUGGUGGAGCGCAUUCGGUUCUCGGCCUAUGCCAUGUUCAUCGUCGUCUGGGUCCUUGCGGUGUACGUGCCACUGUGCCACUGGAUCUGGGGCGGCGGCUGGAUCGCAGAGAUGGGCGCCAAGGACUUUGCUGGUGGGACGGUGGUCCACAUCAGCUCCGGCACUUCCGCCUUUGCACUUGCAUCGCUGCUGGGCGAGCGCAAGCACCGAGCAGAGUCCUUCCCCAGCAACCUGCCGUUCGUCAUCUUGGGCGGUGGCAUCCUGUGGCUUGGAUGGACCGGCUUCAACGGCGGAUCUGCCUUCGCCGCCAACGGAGACUGCGCCUUGGCCGUGGCAACGACGUACAUCGCGGCGGCUGCGGCAAUGAUCAUGUGGGUCACGGUGGAGCGCAUCCUGGACGGGGCCCCCACGUCCAUCGGUGCCAUGUCCGGCGCGGUGGCUGGACUUGUGAACAUCACUCCCUGUGCCGGCUUCGUGGAGCCCUUGGGUGCUCUGGGAGUUGCUCGGAAGACAGAGGUUGGUGCAAUUGGCGCGCUCUGCUGCAUCUUCGCAGCUCGUGGCCUGAAGAAGCUGAACCUUGUGGAUGACUCGCUGGACUGCUUCAGCCUCCACGGCGUCGGAGGCUUCGCCGGCGCCAUCCUUGGCGGCUUCUUCGACACCGGGGAUGGCUUGAUCUACGGCAACGAUGGAAUGCUGCUGGUCAAGAACCUCGCCGGCGCCGCUUUUGGCGUGGUCUACUCCGCAGCGGUCACGGCGGUGAUCUUCUUCCUCAUGCGCCUCGUGAUGCGCAUGAGGGUCAGCGAGGAGCAGGAGCUGGAAGGUGUGGAUCUUCACUGCCACUCCGAGGUUGCCUACGGCAAGAACGAGAACUCGGGCAAGCCCAACGCCUUUGGCGAGCACUCCCAGCGUUUCAAGCCCGAGGAGGCACCGACGCUCCUGACAAGCACCGCAGCCGCAGCCGCCUCAGAGAAGCCCACUGCCACAGCGACAGAGGUUUGA